CUCCAUUGCUGCCCUCUCUUUAUAAGACGCGCCUGGCCUCCUCUCUUCUUGGCCCCCGCCGUCCCCCGCAGCAGACGUGUCUGAGCUCUAGUUGACUGCAGCCAUGAGGAAGACAUCUUACGCUAUCACCUUUGUCGCUACCCUUGCAACCCUCAUUCUGAAUAUCCUGUCUGCUCGCCUCCCAGACUGGCUCAUCGCAAAGUAUGAGUUCGGCAACGCGCAGUACACCGUUCGCUACGGUUUGACGGAGCGUUGUGAACGCAAGUUCGUUUCCCUCCCCGGUCCCGAUGGUGGCUCCAUCUAUUACGAGGACUACUCCUGCCGUGGAUUCCCCCUGUCUGUCCAGGACAGCUGCGAUGGCGAGAACCGUCGGUUCUGCGCUGCGUGGAGUUCUGCUCAGUACUUCAGCGAAUUCGGCAUUGGUCUGGCCGCACUAUCCAUUGUGGCCUUGCUCAUCGGUGUUAGCACCCAUUCGAGGAGAAGAAGGAUUUGGAGGGCAGUCGCUGGGCUCGUCCUUCUUCAUGCCAUCUUCCAAGUUGUCGUUUUCGGCAUUGUGACGGACCUUUAUCGCAAGGAGCGCUUCCCUGCAUUUGAGCACGCUAAACCAGGAUCUGGUUUCAUUCUGAACUUUGUUUCGUGGAUUGUUGGCCUCCUCGUCGGCUUUGGUGUGAUCAUCACCGGCAUCGCUGCCGACAAGGGCAAGCGAUGGGCCGCCGGCAACCGCUACCGACCUAUUGGUGAUGCUUAAGCCGAAAUCCUCCAUACACUUCGUACGAAUGCGUGUGCCUCAAACACCAUGCACCACAAACGCGACAUGCCCCUCUGCCAUGAAUAGAUCCAUACACGCACCACUCCCUUGUUACCCUUAUCUCUUCUGUGCCUUCUCAUUUCUUUCUCUUUUUCUUCUGUUAGUUCAUGUACUUAUACUUCAAGGACGCUAGGUGUUAAGCUCGUAAUUUGCAUCCCUCUUCAACACAGUGAAUCAUCAUAAUCUUUCUUGCGCAAGAAUUCACUACGCCAUUGGCGUCAAUGUUUGCUUGCAUGCACAGGAAAGCGUGAUGUUUUGCAUGCUUCCAGAAACGUUAUGAAUCAAGCAGACUGCAUGUGGCAUUGUAGCCAGCCUGUUCACAGCACAUACUAUCUCGGC